AUGCUGUUUACAGGCAUUAUGGUGACUUUGAAUACAAUGACGACGCCGACAAUCUUGCUGGCUUCGAUAUCGGCGCUGGGAAUUUUUGGGAACGCCAACAUUGCUUGGGCGACGUUUCAAAAAAAGUAAGUGAUUUGACGAUUACUGUAGAGUAUAUGCUUAAGAAGGUAGUGUGAAGUGAACUCAGGCCUCCAUAGGUCCCUAUAUAUCAGUAUGGGACAUAUGGUAACUUUUUUUUUAAUUUUGAAAAAGAAAUGCAAUAUCAAAAACUUUUUUUCUAUCAGUCUGUCGAGAAAAUAAUGAGCACUUGGUCGCAUCGAAAAUCGCAUUGCCUCCUAGAAAAUAAAUUGUGCCGCGACAAAAUCAAAUUGUUUUUUUUCACUUCAGCAACGCGCUUGGCGUAGCGACAUCGUGCUCAAAAAGUCUUGCGAAUUUAACGCUCCCCGGAUCUUGUCGCAUUCUGAAAAAAAAUGAUUUGUCGCUCCGAAAAAUGACAAUCGCGCAACGUAGGGCAAAAAACGUGCAUACAAGCAUGUUUUUUGAGCUACAGAACAAAGUCUACGCAUUUUGUGUAAAGACUAGUAAGUGUGUGAUUUCAGAAAGCUCCGCUCCUCUUGCAACGUCCUCAUAACAAUCACCGCGAUAACCGACGUUCUUCACCAAUGGGCCCACUUAAUUUGGGCCUUCCUUUACUUCAACGAGACUGUCACAACGUUUGAGGAAUGCUUUUGGAUCCAAAGCGUACCCGUGUUCUGCUCCAAUUUUGGGUCGGUAAUGCUGCUGGUUCUGGGCCUGGACCGGCUGAUCUGCAUUGGCAAACCAGUCUUGUAAGUGCAGUAGUUGUACUAAGCUAGGUACAAGAAGUUUUAAAAAAGGCCCUUCGGGCAAAGAAAAAUUUUUUUUGAAUCUUUUUUUGGUAGUUAGACAGAAUUUUUUUUUUGCGAAAAAUCCACAUUAUUUUCCCGACAGAAGGAUAACUAUCGGUCUGUCACAAAAAUAGGUCGUAGUGCCUUGUCGCUUUGCUUGCCGCGACUGGAAAUACAUAUGAUGUGCGGCUGCGACAAGACGGAAAAUUUUGUUGCGAAAAAUUCACAUUAUUUUCCCGACAAACGGAUAUAUGUAGUGCUGCAAACCGCACAUCUUACACGAUUUAUUGAACCUUUGUUUUUUUCUCACAGUCGCCAAUUUCAGUCCGACAAUUCCAGAAGGACUGUAUCAGUCUGUCGAAAAAAUAGUGUGGAUUUGUCGCAGAAAACAAUAUUCCAGCUGCGACUCGCCGUCGCAAUAAGAUGAUUCGAAGGCGCUACGAAUCCACAUUAUUUUCCCGACAAGGAUGACUAUCGGUCUGUCGGGAAAAUAAUGAGCACAAUAUCGCCGCGCAUCGCUGAAGUAAAAAAAACAAUUUUUUUGGCGCGACAGAGCCCAUUUUCUCGGCGGAGAUGUGAUUUUCGAUGCGACAUUGUGCUCAUUAUUUUCCCGACAAACUGAUAGUUAUCCUUGUCGGGAAAAUAAUGUGGAUUCGUAGCGCAAAUCAAAUAUAGGCUUAAAAAAUGUCUUUGAAAUUUCUUUGACCCGCUCACUUUUCAGCUACGAACAAAUGAGCAAGCCCGGGUAUAUCUUCGCUCUCGUCUCGAUUGGCCUCACCAUCCCGGUGGCAAUGUCCAUCUCUGCCUACACUCGUAUGUUGCUCGACCCAAGCAAGAUCAGUCCGUGCGUCAUCACCGGCGGACUCGACCCGUUUGGGAUGGCUCUUUUCUUCCAAGUCAACGCCAGCCUCAACACCUCCACAUUCCUGGUGUACGGGCUGAUUUGGAUCGUGGUGAAGAAGAGCAACUACUCGCGCAGUAAGCAGCUGCUCCGCACGAUCACCACGGCCAGUCUGUGCGGCGUGGGCGGAUGGUUCUUCACGAUGAACCUGGCCACGGUUUUGAAUGCGGUCGGGAUCGAAGUGACCCCGAUCAUCAUCAUCUACAAUGGGGCAAUUUUGAAUACGAGUGUGACGAUGAAUUAUUUGAUCUACUUUGGCAUGAGGUAGGAGCUUUUGCAUAAUAUUAUCGGUCUGUCGGGAAAAUAAUGAGCACAAUUUCGCUUCUCUGAUCGUAUCGCUGAAGUGGAAAAGCAAUUUGAUUUUGCCGCGACACAAUUCACUUUCUCGCCGGCGAUGCGAUUUCCGAUGCAACAGGGUGCUCAUUAUUUUCAAGAGAGACGUAUAGUAUUCUCAUAAAGCGCAUGGAUAUCUUGCCGCGCCCUGCAUCGUACGCAAAAAAAGGACGUGCUUUUCGGUGCCCGCAAAUGGACUUUUCGAUGCCCGCAAAUUUUCGCGGUUCGCGACCGCAAAUUAAAUCGAAAUCUGCCCGCACUUUUUCUGCCCGCAAAUUAUAAAAAUGUUAUGAAACGCCUGGAAUAUGGAUAAUUAGUCAAAUAUUUGUAUAAAUACGGUGUAAUUAAUAAAUUUACAUAUGUAAAAGUGCAUUUGACAAAAAAUUUUUUGAGAAGUGUUUCUAAUCCAUGAUUUCUGGGAUAAAAUUUCAAAUAACGGAAUGAUACUAUGUUUUUGGACAAAGCUGAUGAAAAUGGAGUCCAAAUCGAGUUGUUAUAAAGGCUGAACAAAACUUUUUUUGUCUAAACGAACUUUUCGAUGCCCGCAGAUCGGAAAAUCGGGUCCUCAGGCAUUACCAAUGUAAAAAUCUUCAUUGUUAUCUUCCAUAAGUCACAUUAUGACACUUUUCACGACCAGUGACACCUAUUUUUCAGUAGAAAAAUUCAUAUUUAAAUUUGCGGGCAAAAAAGUUUGAAAACUUUUGGAUGCCCGCAAAUAAAAAAAUGCUCCAAAACCUUUCGUAAGCCACCGUAAUGAAAAAAUUUUGAUUACUACGACAAGAUUAGGCACUAUGAUCAUUUUGUGGCAAUUUGAGGCCAAUUUGUUUGCAGGAAAACGGAUUUUUGACAGAAAAAAUAUUUGCGGGCAAAAAAGUUCUAAAAUUUUUUGAAUGCCCGCAAAUCUGAAAAAAGCUUCUAAAUCAAUCGAAAGUAGUUGUGAUGAAAAAACGAGUUCCGUAAGCCACAUUACGACACUUUUACGGCCAGUGACACCGAUUUUUCAGUAGAAAAAUCCAAAUUAAAAUUUGCGGGCAAAAAAAGUUCCAAAAAAUUAUGGAUGACCGCAAAUCAAAAAAUUUUUCCAAAUCAAGCAUUGUGCAAAAAAUUUGAAGACUUUCUGAAUGCUUCAGUGUCGGAAUAAAGCAUUAAAAAUUCGUGUGAUGACCAAAAAAGCGCCCGAAAGUCUCCGCCGAAUACACUGCUUUCCGCGUUGACGGAGAAAAUUAUUUUCACAGGCAAAAAACCGCCCAUAUUCUUCUUUAUUAUGCAAAAGAAUUUUUUUGGAUAUCUUGACUGAGCGCUAAGAAAUCGACGAUUACUUUCCGGGGAAUUUCUUGAAACACCCUGUAUAACAACUUGAUUUGGACUCCAUAUUCAUUAGCUUUGUCCAAAAACAUGGUAUCAUUCCGUUAUUUGAAAUUUUAUCCCAGAAAUCAUGGAUUAGAAACACUUCUCAAAAAAUUUUUUGUCAAAUGCACUUUUACAUAUGUAAAUUUAUUAAUUACACCGUAUUUACACAAAUUUGACUAAUUAUCCAUAUUCCAGGCGUUUCAUAACAUUUUUAUAAUUUGCGGGCAGAAAAAGUGCGGGCAGAUUUCGAUUUAAUUUGCGGUCGCGAACCGCGAAAAUUUGCGGGCAUCGAAAAGUCCAUUUGCGGGCGAAAAAAAAUUCCUCCCAAAAAAAACGUGCAUUUCACCCUCUUCUUUGGUUUCCGCACUGUGCAUCGAAAAAUAUCGCUGCGACAAGGCAAGCAAGCAUCAUUUCGUCGCGGCAUUGGAGCUGUAAUUUCGCACAGUGCAAACAGUCUUUUGUAGGCUUGCACUGUGCGAAAAGAGAAACUGCACUGUGCGUUGGCGACACGCGUGGAAAAAGUUUGAAAUGCACUGUGCGAAAGCGAAAAAAAUGUAAUCUGUCUCGGCAAGGCGAUACACUGUACUUCGAAUGCGACGACCCCCGUUAUUUUCCCGACGGACUGAUAAUGUCCAUGCACUUUAUGAAAAUACCAAACUUGGAACUUUAACACAGCUUGUAUCUUGUAUUAAAACUGUCGUUUUUGCAGCCGAGAAUAUCGCAUAGCGUUUGUCCAACAACUGCGAAUCUUGUCGUGCGGGCUCCUCAAGUGCUCCAUGUUCAAAGUUGAGGACUCCAACGCGUUCACCGUCACCAUGAAGAGCAAGAGUGGGACAAGUAAAAGCGAAUAUUCAAAAUGA